AUGGCGACUCUCAAUCGUAAAUACGCGGCCCUGCCCGACCUGGAUUCAGCCCCCGACAUUUACGAGACGCCCGAAUUGACAGACGACAACUCAACCGUACCGACCACAACAAACAGAGCACAAUCUGAUGACGAGUUCUACGAUGUCGACGAAGACGAAGAUAGCCAUGGGAUUUCAAGAACCAGAUUACGCAUUGACGAAGCUCGCUCACGGUUCCUCCCAACCAACGUCGAUGCAAAUGGGGUAGAUUUCUCCGACCGAGUAGACGGGAAAAGGAAAUCAUACAAGGCGUCCAGUCGCCGCCAGCGAAUACUACAGGACGGAACAUAUGAGUUUGGCGAUCUGUCCGACGACGAAGACGAAGAGAGCUUGGAGAGGCGGAUUGCGCGGCUAACACGAGAGGUGGCAGAGGCCAAAGAUGAAUAUGCGAAAAGGAAAGCCGCGGCUACAGAAGAAUCCAAAGACCCAGCACCUUCAGAUGAACGAUUGGAUACUUUGAGUCAAGUCCUCGACGACAUAGCGAAACCAACCGGCGUGGAGACGUCACGUCGUCUGGCAAAGCCACAUUUUUCAUCAUCAACCACCAAAGCAGAACAAGUCCCGGCAGGAGACGGUCCGACAUAUACUGUUACAUACGCACCAACGUACGAGCAGAGCCAUGCGUUGGCAAAGGCUGCCGACUUCGAUCGGCGGCUACUCAUGCUGGAGAAGGCGCUGGGCAUCAGCUCGUCAUCAUUGACAGAAGCCGGUGCAAAUGGAUUGCCGAGAGCAAUUCUACCCACUCUGGACAACAUGGAAAAGCAAAUUUCAACACUAGCCCAAGCAUCUACUUCGAAUCUAGACGCCAUUAGCCGGCGAGUGCGGACAUUGGCAUCAGAACAAGACAAGCUCAACGACUCCAAGGAAAAGGCAAAGGCACUUCGGGAGGAACUAGGCAAGCAAGUGCAAUCCUCAACCGACGAGUCGGAACAGGAAUCCAAAAUCAAUGCUUUGUACGGGAUUCUGCCCACUAUUGAGAACCUCACUCCAAUGCUGCCACCUCUAUUGGACCGCCUGCGAUCACUUCGUGCCAUCCAUGCGGAUGCCGCGACAGCCAGUCAGACGCUGGAGCGUAUCGAAACACAGCAGAUUGAGAUGACGGAGGAGUUGAAGCAAUGGAAAGAAGGACUUGACAAGAUGGAAGAGGCAAUGACGCAGGGUGAUGCCACUGUCAAGGGAAACAUGAAGGUCAUGGAAGGUUGGGUGAAGGAUCUGGAAGAACGCAUGGCCAAGCUGUCCUGA